AUGGCGAAGAAUGGGUUUCUGGCGGCGGUUCUGGUGUGCUUGAUCGCGGCGGAUGCUCUCGGUUUCGGUGCGUCUCUUCCUGAUUCGGAGAAAUCCGGCAACUCCUCUCCGCCGCCCCAGCAGGUCCGUUCUCUCUCUUCUGGUUAUGCGAGCUGUCGCGUCUGCAAGUUUUUCGGUUUCGUGGUAGCGAAAGCGACGGCUUCGAUGAUGGUGUUCUGUUCAGGCGUCUCCGCCGCCGGGUCCCGUUUCGGGUUCCAAGAAACCGGAUGGGGAACGGACGAUGCCGGAAAAUCUAGCGAGGUGCCCGCGCCUCCGUCCAAUUCGACGCUUGAAGGCCAAACUGGCGGUGCUUCCGUGAGUCCGCCUUCGGUUGAACGGAAGGAAGAGAAAAAGAAUGAUGAGAAGGAGGAGGACAAGGAGCCGCGUGAGCCGCCAGGAAGCCACGAGACUUGUGACGGAAAAGACGAAGGCAAAGUGUGCCGCGAUCAGGGAGCUCUAACCGCCUGCAUUCUGAGCGUUGAAGCAGGGUUGAGCAAAUUGGUGGUUUUAGUUGAAAAUAAAGGGGAUAGCGCCUUGAUAGUAAAUAGGCGCCUGCCAAAGUCUACGACAGAGAAGCCUGAAAUAAUACCAAAACACCAAAACAAAAAGAUUAAUAUUUCUCUCUCUGCGGCGGAAGGCAACAAAGUUGUAUUAAAUGCUGGGAGAGAAGAUUGCGUGCUUGACAUGGGGCCUCUUGUAUCUGACACCAGUGUUUUCCUCUAUCUCCCUUCGUUUGACAAGCUAAUUACCCCAAUCAAUGGUGCGUAUUUCUUGAUUCUAUCAGUGGUGGUCUGUGGUGGGGUGUUUGCUUGCUGUGCGCUUAGGAAGCAGCGAAGAAAGAGCGAGUUCAGGUAUCAAGAGCUCGAAAUGGGGUCAGGAGAAGGGACCAAUAUAGAAACUGCAGAAGGUUGGGAUCAAGGAUGGGACGAUGAUUGGGACGAGGAGAAUGCUGUGAAAUCUCCAGGUCAACAUCGCAUAGGAAAUAUAUCCGCAAAUGGCCUCACUUCUAGGCCUGCAAAUAGGGAUGGUUGGGAACGGGACUGGGACGGCUAGGAAUUGACAACGAAAAGGAGGAGGAAAAGGAAUCCAGGAGACAUGACAAUACCAAAACCAGGUACUUGCUUCGAUUUCAUACCACCUGUACACUUAUCUUAUGAAAGGUGGCUUCAGUUUGGCUUUGCCAGUAAAAGGUAUACAAUUUGGUUCGUUGAAAUUUUGAAGUUGAGGAGGUGGAUUCUGUUGCCUUCUAAUAUUGCUCGACUCAGGUAGCCUGUACAGUUAGCUUUACAACUAAGGAGUUUUUCGAAACAUUGAGCAAUUCCCUUCCAUUUUCCACUGAUGUCAAUUUGGUAACUUUUAUUAGAACGUGAUUUUGAGUUUGGCAAAGAAAAGUGUCUUUGGUGGCAACUUUUCUUUUUCACAUGAAAAGUGAAUAAUUCACAUUUUCCUUUUUCA